GUCCAUUCUAGUGUUAAGUACUGUACUACGUACUUGAUUUUGCGAAGGAUCGCCAAUUCCCCACUCGCAAGGCUGUGCCGCACUUCCCAUGGCCAUGACACUCAAAAGUCGUCGAAGCCUGCUAGGGCAUCGCAAUGUUGGCUGCUUUGGUUCGGUAGGCCGGUGGAUGAGUCUUUCUGUCGCACGACAUCAUCAUCAUCACGGUACCUCGUUUCUCCGCAAUGCAUUUCGUAGUUCGUUUGCUUAUAAUGUGUUAAUUUGGCCUUCUCAUCUUUAACCCCCCUGUUCCCUCAACCCUGGCCCUCUCACAAUCCUUCUCGAGUACACCAGAAGACAGCCGAUCGAUUGACGCAUUGCACCAAUUCACCAUGGCCGAGGUGGAAGAGCGCCAAUUUGGCUCUCUUUCCGAAAGGAUAGCAGCGCUUAAUCAGCAGAAGAACUUCAGCAGCACUGGGAAACGCGCCCCGCCACCACCACCUUCUGGUCAAACAAAGUUAGAAGCACCAGACGGGAAUAGAAAUGGGAACGAAAAUGGGAAUCGAAUCGCUCCAGAGCGGAGUCCGACGAUGCCCGCUCGACCGCAGAAGAGAGAACCGGCGCCUACUCUGCCUCGACGCACACCGACUGCAGAUUCCGCUGUCGAGAGCCUCUCGAUUCCAGGCCGACGAGCGCCUCCGCCCUUACCCGGCCGGACAAACACAAACUCUUUGCAACUCGAGUCUUCUCCUACUCUUCCGCCUCGAAGACCGUCUACGCAAACUCUUGGCACGAGAAGAGGCUCCAAUGCCUCGGAUAUGUCGCACAUGUCUACCAUGUCCAGCUUGUCGUUGAAUCCUGUCUCUUCUCGCACCAGCACCACCUCAACUGAAACCCAGCCUACUCGAAAACUCCCUCCCGCGCUCGACCAAGCAAAGCUUCCACCUCUACCGCCCACUCGGAGAGAACGCGAGGCGCAAGCAGCAAAGGAGGCAGCAGAAAGAGAAGCAACUGCCACUAUCAACACACCAUUGAAGUCGAUCAAAUCCGGCCCGGUGGUGUGUCAAGUCGAGGAUGCGCCCAGACCUGGAUUACCACCUAGAUUGCCUUCCAGACAACCCAAGUCCCCAGCUAUGCCGCAUCAAGAUAAUGAAGCGCCGCGACGGCGGCUUCCACCACCACCUGCGAGCGAUUUCUCUAGAUCGACUCCUUCUGUACCGCCAAUUGUAUCAUCGAACCGGCCACCGAAUGCGCCGCCCCCGGUUCCUGUGAGCUCGCGACCCUCGGCUUCCCAAAUAGAUGCACUGGUCACUCGUAGUACAACAAACGCAGCGACGUCGUGCUUGAUAUGCCGGGAUUUCACACAACCGGACGUUGUGGCAGCUCAGUAUCCAGCCCACUCCCUGCCUCGGGCCGAUCCCGUAGGUUUUCUUGCCAAUGUUCUCUGCGGUCCUUUCCCGUCAGCAACGGAUAAGGCUCGGGCAAUAUUUACCUGGUGCCACCACAACAUCGAUUACAACGUGGAUGAAUUCUUCGGGAAAUGUGCCAAGCAGCGCCGCACGGUCGAAGAAACCAUUUUUCACGGCAAGGCAGUCUGUCAGGGGUAUGCUGAAACGUAUCGAGAUAUAGCGCAGCGAGCAGGACUGCAAUGCGUUCUCAUCAGUGGCCACGGUAAGGGAUUCGGUCACAAACCUGUAGCUCCGGGUGAACGGCCUCCGCCUCAAAAAGCAGGUCACGCUUGGAAUGCCGUCCGCAUCGACAACGGUGAGUGGAAACUAAUAGACCCAUGCUGGGGAGCCGGUCAUCUCGCGGACGGCAAUAGAUACAACCGCAAAUUCAGUCCCGAAAUGUUCUACCUCAAAAACGAUUUGUUCGGGCUUAAGCACUUCCCUACAGACAGCAAAUACCUCUUCCGCGAUGACGGGAGAACAUUGACGUGGGAGGAGUACUAUGCGGGCGUCCCAGCUGGCGAACGAGCGCAGUGGCACGGCCUGAGGGAAGGCCUUUCCGAGUGGACCUUUAGUCCCGUGCAAAAACAUAUUCCGGUUCACAGCAAUGAAGUCAUCCGGUUUCAGUGCUCAAAGCUUUGCGAGCACUGGGAUCCGGUCAAGCACGGAAAAGGGCCAAAUUACUUACUCAUGAUGAAGAUCCACGGUGUGGACGGUCGGAAAGAUGAUCUGGUGCCUCUGGAUACCGACGGGUACUGGUUCUGGGUCGACAUCAGGGCUCGAGAUCUGGGCGCGCCGGGGCAGACUAUCUGGUUGUACGGGCUGACGUCGCUUAAUUCAAAGGAUGUGAGAGGGCUGCGCAAGGAAGAGUUCAUCCGUGCGAAGAACUCGGGCAAUUAUGGCAUGAGCUGGGAAAGCUACGGUUGUUGGGAAUUGGUUUGAGGUUAUCAAUUUGGGCGUACAGGGGGCUGUUGGGGACAUUCAUGGCGGCAUGGCAUUCAUGACUGGUAGAGUAUGCAUUGAUGAUAUUGACGAUUAGACGCUGGAGCAAGGAGAGAGGAGCACUUGUUAAGCUGUUUUAAGAGAUUGCCUGCUAGAUCAAGCCAUACCACCGGAUUGCAAAGGAAGGAUAGGAUGUAGAUGUACCGCAUGUAUUGCUACAUACUCAAGUAGGGCCUUCGAUUAUCAACCACCCGCAAACUUAAUCUGCAUGAAUCCAGAGAGCAGUCG